CCGAGGAAAAUUUGGCCGGCACGCCUCCUUUCAAUCACCUUGCCAUGAUCCCUUAUGAGCCCGUGAGCCCAGCCACGAGCAUACGCCCAGCUGAUCACGCUACUCCCGGCUCUAUCACUGAUGAACCUUCGGCCUCGUGGCGAUCGAGCCUAAUUGAUGCUGAGCGUUGGCGUUUGCAGAAUGCCGAACGUUGGCAUGCGGAAGAGGCCCACCUUAUUGGUAACUCAUUCUUUAUCACAUCUCGGAAAUCUUCAGAUGGGUCGCAUUCACCCUCUUCUUGAUGUCGGGUAAAUUCUUGGUGUGGAAUGCAAGGGGGGUAAAAAAUAAGGCGACCCAAUCCCACUUGCGCUAUAUUUGUCGCCAACAUAGAGUUAAUUUAUUGGUUAUUUCUGAACCUAUGACUGAGUUUGUACAUGAUUACUAUUGCCGUCGUUUGGGUUUCGUUGCUGGUUUGUCUAAUUGUGCGGGGAAGAUUUGGAUUUUUUGGGAUCACAAUUUUCGAGUGGAGUUGCUUAGGGAUGAGGUACAAUUAUUGCAUGUUAGAUGCAUAUCUGGUUUAUUUGGUGCUCCUUUUGUAUUUACUGCAGUCUAUGCUAGAUGCUCUCGUUCCGAGCGCCGUGUUUUGUGGAAUUCGUUCCGCGACAUUUUUGAGACGAUUGGUGACACUCCUUGGAUUUCUGGGGGUGACUUCAACUCAAUCUUACUUGAGUCAGAACGGAAUAGAUCGGUUUCGGAUAGGAGACUAGAUAUGGCUGAGUUUGGUGCUAUGGUUUCGGAUUGUGAACUUUCGGAUGCCGGGUUCUCUGGGGCUAGUUCUUGCUAUACUUGGGAGAGCCCUUCAGGUCUUUUGGAGCGUUUGGACAGGAUUCUAUAUAACUCUGCUUGGCUAGAUUUACUGCCUAUUACGCAGGUUACCCACCUCUCACGGACCUGGUCGGAUCAUGCUCCUCUUUUGGUUUCAUCGGCUGCUUCUUCGUCUAGGCCUCCUGCUUCAUUCCGGUUUCAACAUAUGUGGAUCCGCCACGCUACGUUUCGUCAGAUUGUGGAACAGGUUUGGGACUUUCCGUGUGCUCAGACGGGGAUGCAUCGAUUACAUACGAAGUUGAGACGAUUGAAACAGAAGCUUCAGUGGUGGAAUUGGAAUGUUUUCGGGGACGUGUUCAAGAAUAAAGAGAGGGCCGAGGCAGCUGUUCUAGAGGCCGAGCACAUAUAUGACUUGGAUCGAUCCCCCGAGAAUCGUGCAAAUUUGAAAAAGGCCACUGCUGAACUUACUCUCAUGCUCAAUAUUGAGGAGGACUUUUGGAAGCAGAAGGCAGCUUGUAGAUGGGCGACUGAUGGAGAGAGAAACUCUAAGUUUUUCCACUCGUUAGUCAAGAAAAAGCGAUGUGUCAAUCGAAUCCACUCUAUCUCUCAUGGUGAUUCGGUUCUCACAUCAGCUCAGGAGAUCAAGGAUUCGGGCGUUGAUUUCUUUAGCAAGCUUCUUACCGAUGAUAUGCCUAGUUUGCUUCCGGUUGAUGAGUCCCUAUUUUCCGCUCCUCAAAGGGACUUUUCUUCAGUCUCUACUCGUCCGUCGGUUGAGGAGAUCAAAGAUGCGGUGUUUGGGAUUUGUCAAGAUAGUGCUUCGGGUCCUGAUGGGUAUUCUUCGCUAUUUUAUCAGCAUUGUUGGGACUUGAUUCAGUGUGAUGUUUGUGAAGCGGUUUGGGAUUUCUUCGAGGGUGGAUCUAUGCCUGCGAGCUUCACCGCUACCACCUUGGUUCUUAUUCCAAAGGUGGACUUUCCGACGGCUUGGACAGAUUUCCGCCCGAUUAGCUUGUGCAACGUGACCAAUAAAAUUAUCACCAAGGUACUUACGAACAGACUGGCACCUCAUUUGCCCCACAUUAUUUCUCCUUCUCAGAGUGGGUUUGUUCAGGGUCGUCUCAUUAGUGAUAAUAUUUUAUUAGCACAAGAGAUGGUCCACUCGAUAUCAGUUCGUUGUCGAAAUCCAAAUCUUAUUUUGAAGCUGGAUAUGGCAAAGGCUUAUGAUAGGGUUCAGUGGCGGUUCUUAUUUCGUGUACUCGAGCUGAUUGGUUUCUCGGCGAACUUGGUUGAUAUUAUUCGGCGAUGUGUUUCCUCGUGCCAGUUCUCUUUACUAAUCAACGGGGAGCUGACGGGGUAUUUCACUUCGUCUCGUGGUCUAAGGCAGGGAGAUCCGCUCUCGCCGACUCUUUUUGUACUUGCGGCUGAGUAUUUUUCGAGAGGUCUCGAUGCACUAUACAGCCGUUGCCCAAGCAUGUUUUAUUCUACAAGGGGAGGCAUCCCUAUAUCCCAUUUGGCCUAUGCGGAUGAUGUGAUGAUAUUUACCUCGUGCCAUAAUUUUGGCCUGAAGAAGCUGCGGGAUUUUCUCGAUCAUUACUGUCGGACUUCGGGUCAGUUGAUUAGUGUGCACAAGAGCACUUUCACAGUUGAUAGGGCAUGUUCUGAUGGUCAUCUUCGCACUAUUUCUCGGAUUCUCAGUUAUCCGAGAAAGGAUCUUCCUAUCAUUUAUCUUGGAGCACCACUAUACAAAGGGAGGGACCGGGGCAGUUUGUUUCACACUUUGCUUGAUCGCAUGCAAGCCAGGAUUUCGGGUUGGGCUCGGACCGCUUUGGCUUUCGGGGGCCGUCUUGCCUUGAUCCGGAGUACGCUUUCGACUAUGGCUUUGCAUCUUGUUCAGGUUAUUCAACCUCCGCAGUACAUUAUUCAGCAGAUUGAGCAGUGCAUGGCCCGAUUUCUCUGGGGAUCUUAUGGUAAUCAGCGCCGGCCUCAUUGGGUUGCUUGGGAGACGAUUUGUCGGCCAGUUGGUGAGGGUGGCUUGGGGUUGAGGCGUUUGACGGAUGUGAUUGACGCCUUCACUUACAAGCUCAGGUUCCGAUUCCGUGCUCAGGAUUCUCUUUGGGCCCGUUUUCUCCGAAACAAGUAUUGUCGGAAUCGGUUCCCAGGUUCAUCCGUUGUGUCUUCACUCUAUAGCACGGUGUGGAAGCGCAUGUGCCGUGUCCGAGAGCGUGUUCAAGCUCAAAUAUUUUGGCGGAUUGGUCCAGGUCAUGUUUAUUUCUGGCACGACCACUGGUUUGGCGAUGGUCCCCUUUCGGGCAUUAUUGAUGGUGGUCGGCUAACGUCAGUUCGUGUGGAGUAUUAUUUGGUUAACGGUCAGUGGGAUCGAAACAAGCUAGCUGAGGAUAUUCCUUUUGAGUGGAUCGAUAGGAUUUGCUCGGUCCCAAUCUCUGGUGCUUCGGGUGAUUUGCCCAUUUGGAGAGCUUCGUCAAAUGGCAAGUUUUCCUUGACCUCGGCUUGGGCCUUGAUACGACAACACCAUACCCCUACCCCUCUUCUUCGUAUAUUUUGGGGAUCUUGUCUUACUCCUACAAUUUCUAUCUUUCUUUGGCGUCUUCUUCUUCGGCGUCUUCCAGUGGAUACCAAACUUCAGUCUCGAGGCACCUCUCUUGCCUCGAGGUGCUAUUGUUGUCCAGAUCCAUCUAUCCCUGUGUCGAGUCUUGUAUCUCUGUCUGUCGAGUCUCCUUCUAUUGAGUCGAUUGAUCAUAUCUUCGUGGAGAGCCCGACGGCUAAGAGGGUAUGGCAUCAUUUUUUCUAUCUUUUUGGCUAUACACCUGCACACACUACGCACAUACCCCAGAUUUUACUUUAUUGGCAGCACUUCACUUCGCACACACUCACACACCACACACACAUCACAACCAUUGUGCCUUGCUUGAUCUUGUGGUACUUAUGGAUUGCAAGAAAUGAUAGCAAGCACAAGGAUAUCACGGUUCGCGCUUCUUCCAUCAUUUACAGGGUCAUCCAGCACAUCAGGAUUCUUCACCAAACCAAAUUACUUUCGGCGGACAGCUGGACUGGCAUUCCCCACGUGGCUGAGUCUCUUGGCCUAUAUUACCGAGUCAGAACACCAACUCUCACACCUCAUCGAGUUGUUUGGCUUCCACCGGAUCCGGGUUGGGUGAAGCUAAACACAGACGGAGCCCGUAGAGCAUCCACCCAGAUUGCAGCUAUUGGCGGGAUUAUCAGAGGUUCGGACGCUGAGGCCAUACUUGCAUUUCACGAGAGGAUCUCUGCCCCGAGCAGUAUUGCAGCCGAGCUUGCUGCCCUUGCCUCGGGGCUGCGAUUUGUUAUUCAGAGGCAAUUCACUAGAGUUUGGAUCGAGCUUGACGCAGAAGUCGCUGUUCGACUUCUUUCGCACACGGACCAAGGUCAUUGGAGUCUUCAGAGUUCUCUCACGGCGAUCCGGAACUCUCUUUCUACUUUGGAGUACAGGAUUACACAUAUCUACCGGGAGGGCAAUACAGUAGCUGAUGCAUUAGCUAACUUGGGGUGUCAGACCGAGUUGGCUCGUACCUUCACAACAGCGGAGCUUCCCCGACCUAUUCAGCAGAUGAUUCGGAUGGACCAGCUUGGAUAUCCAUCCUUUCGACGACAUUCUCGCACAUAG